GCCUGUGUAGUCUUAUGAAAGUUAUAUUAUCUUGAAUCGUCGUAUAUGUAAUCAGUAGUUUGCUAAUGAAUAACUAAGUGAAAGGCCUUUUGGAAAGGGACAUUUCGACAUUUCUGUGGGUUAAUUAUUUCUCUUGAUUAGGAAAAAUCAAGCCGCCGGACCAGAGUUGUGGGUAAGAAUCCUUUGCUAGAGUCCGGAGUUCACCCCUUUUCAGGCCCCAAAAGGAAAUCCCAAGAUUUUUCCUUCAUUUUUCCUCCUCAUAUUCCCAGAUUUGUUCUUGUUUUUCUCCUCUUUUAAUUUAGUGAGGAAGCCAAGAUGGUUCUGGAGCUGUACCUGGACCUGGUCUCCCAACCUUGUCGCGCCAUCUACAUCUUCGCCAAAAAGAACAAGAUCCCCUUCGAAUUCAAACUCGUCGAACUAAUUAAAGGGCAACAGAGAGGGGAGGAUUUCUUGAAAGUGAAUCCGGACGGGAAAGUGCCGGCCAUGAGAGACGGGGACUUUGCCUUAGCCGAGAGCAUUGCCAUCCUGCUCUACCUGGUGCGGAAACACCGGGCGCCCGACCACUGGUACCCCUCCGACCUGCAGAAGAGGGCCCGCGUGGACGAGUACCUCUCCUGGCAGCACACGGGCGCCCGCCAGGCCGGCUCCAAGGUCUUCCUCAUCAAGGCGCUGGUGCCGCUCUUCCUGGGCCGCCCUCUUCCCGAGGAGAAGCUGGCGGCGGCCAUAAAAGAGUUGGACGAGGUGCUGGCGUUCUUUGAGGAGAAGUUCCUGGGAGAGGGGCGGCCCUUCAUCGCCGGCAGCCAGCCCUCCCUGGCGGACCUGGUGGCCCUGGUCGAACUCAUGCAGCCCGUUGCCGCCGGCCACGACGUCUUUGCCUCCCGCCCCAAGAUGGCUGCCUGGCGCUCCCGCGUGGAGGAGGCUGUGGGGAGGGAGCUCUUCCAGGAGGCCCACAAGCCCCUCUUCGACAGCAAGGACGCCAACCUGGAUCACCUCCCUCCGGCCCUCAGGGAGCAGCUCACGGGCAUUCUCCUCAAGUACAUUGGCUGAGGCCUAGUUGGCUCAACUGAGGCCCAUUUGCGUCAACUGAGGCCUAGUUGGCUCAACUGAGGAUUUUUUUGCGUCAACUGAGGCCUAGUUGGCUCAACUGAGGCCUAAUUGACUAAAGUGAGCCCGAUUUGUGUCAACUGAGGCCUAGUUGACUUAACUGAGGCUUUUUUUUUGCGUCAAAUGAGGCCUAGUUGACUCAAAUGAGGCCUAAUUGACUAAAUUGAGGCCGACUUGUGUCAACUGAGGCCUAGUUAACCAUCAUUGAGGCCUAGUUAAGUCAGCUAGUUAACUAGUUGAGGCCAAGUUACCUUAACUGAAACCUAGUUGAGUCAGUUGAGGCCUACUUGACCACCAUUGAGACAUAGCUGACAUUAGUGAGGCCACCAACUUUGUGGCAGAUUGAAUUCAGAUUCAAUUAUUUUGAAUUCAGAUUAAAACCAGGCUUUGGAUCAAUAAUAAUGAUAAUAAAAUAUUUUUAAGCCUCAAAUUAAAUGUCUGAUGAUUUUGUUUUUGGCCACCACUGGGCAAAGGCCGUUGCCAUUGACAACCAGAGGUUGGAAACCGCCAUUCAGAAUGCUGCAAUGAAGAUAUUGCAAAGUAUUUUAAAAGUCAAAUUUAAACUAUCAAGAAUAAUUUUCUCUAAAAGUUGUAUAAUAUUUUAAACUUUAUGAGGAUUUUUCAACCAAUUUAUUUAUAUAUGUAACUAUGGAACUCCCUGCCUCAAGAAAAGACGGAGAAUAUUGUUGAAAAAUGAGAAAUUGUAAUAAAAACGGAAUUAAACAUG